UUGUUUGUCAUCCCUACUUUCAAGUUAUUUGAGUUUUAGUUGAGUUGUGGAAAAUUGGGAAUUUUUCCAAACUCUGCUGCAAAAUGGAUAAGCUAAAUGAAAAUGUACGCGAAAAAAAGGAAAUCAAGUUAGAUAACAUCGACGUGACUCCUAUAUUGGCGGCACUGAUAAUUGGAUUCUUAGUAGUUGCAAUUUUUGUUAUUUUACGACGACGCUCGACUGGUCGGCGUGAUUUUUUGCUAACCGGUCUCACCGAGGCGGGUAAAAGCGCCAUAUUUAUGCAGCUGGUGCAUAACAAAUUUUCCGAAACAUUCACAUCCAUUAAAGAGAAUGUCGGCGAAUACCGUUCGGGACAUGUUGCUGGACGACUUGUUGACAUUCCUGGGCAUUAUCGCGUUAGAGACAAAUGCUUUGAGCUAUACAAGCGCAAUGCGAAGGGAAUCAUAUUCGUUGUGGACUCUGUAACCGUGCAAAAGGACAUUCGGGACGUAGCUGACACCUUAUACACCAUUCUGGCAGACAGCGCCACUCAGCCGUGCUCUGUGCUAAUACUGUGCAACAAGCAAGAUCUGACGGCUGCCAAGAGCUCACAGGUUAUCAAGAGUUUGCUAGAGAAGGAGCUCAACACAGUGCGUGACACGAGGAGUCGCAAGCUCCAAUCCGUGGGCGAUGAUGAAGUAAACAAACCCAUUACACUGGGCAAAAUGGGACGCGAUUUCGAAUUUGCGCACAUUACACAGAAUGUGCAAUUCUUCGAAAGCUCAGCUAAGGAUAAGCAAUUAAGUGAUCUUACAGAUUGGAUAGAUCGCAUGCUAUAUUAACACAAGCUAAGGGCACUGAAAUAUCAUCAAAUAUUUAAUUGAUAUUGAUAUUUAUAAUAUGUAAUUUUUCUAUUCAAAGUCUCAAGACUCAAAGCGAUAGCUCACAAAAUGUUAAAUACUUUUUAAAAUAGAUCCUGCCUUCUCCUCCUGUUUAU